AGAUGGAAAUCCUACAUUAACUGCUGAACAAGAAUCAUUAUUGGAACAAUUAAUCCCUAAUCAGGAGUUAAGAGAGAAAUACAAGCCAUUUGGAAUAUGCAAGGAAUGUUAUCAACCUAAUACUGGAGUCGGCAAUGAUGGUAACUGGUGUCAUCCUUGCAAUUCAAAGCAUUUUGCACAAGACUUUGACAAAUGGACUAGUGGUAACCCUGCCAUUGAUAGUUUUAUCCAAAAAUCUCAACUAGAAGCAACUAGUCAUCAUGUCAAGAAUGGAAAAAUGCUUGGUUAUAGCGAAGUUGUUAUAAAAAGUCUAAAUAAUUCUCAAAACGCAAUCCCUAAUUUCUUGCAAGAAAUUACUUAUCACAAGUUAACUGAUACUUUUUUCAUUGUGCCAUGUUUUGGCAUAUCAAAAGAUCCAGAGACUGAGAAUUAUCUGAUGGUCAUGGAAUAUAUGUUUAAUGGUAACUUGAGACAAUGCUUGAAAAUGAAUGAUCAGUUAGGAUUUUUGAAUAAAUUUCUUUGGUUAAUCAAUAUUGCAACUGGAUUAAAGCAAAUUCACGAAAAAGGGCUACUGCAUUGCGACUUUCAUCCCGGUAAUAUACUAAGUGGUAGUCAUGACAAUUUUUGUAUCGCUGACUUAGGCUUAUGCCGACCGGCUAACGAAGUUAACAAAGGAAAAGUUUACGGAGUUUUACCUUAUGUGGCACCGGAAGUAUUACACGAAAAAGGCUAUAGCCAAGCGAGCGAUGUUUAUUCUUUCGCGAUGGUGGCUUAUGAAGUAUUAACUGGUUUACCUCCCUAUACAGUUUAUGAUGACAAAGAAAUUUAUUAUAAAGAAGUGCCCCACAAUGUAGAUCUGACCUUAGAAAUAUGUAGAGGAUUAAGACCAAGUUUAAGUAGUGCUAAAGUUCCUCAACUGCUAAAGGACCCAUUAAAACGUCCAACUGCCGGUGAAGUAUUUAAAAUUUUAAGAGGCUGGUGGGACGAAAUUUAUUUAGGAAAAGUUACUGAAUUUCAUAGACAAUACGAUGAAGAAAGAGUUUGCGAAUUACUUUCUGGAUUUUAUAAGCAGUAUAAAGGUCAAACUAGAGAAGUAAAACCUGAGGAAUCUAGAAAAGUGUAUGAGGAAUUAUUUUCUGAAUUUUGCCAGCAACUUAAUUAUAACAUUUAUACAAAAAAGGAGGAAGAUGCACAAGAAGAAUUCUGA